AAAAUUGAGACACUGCAAAUCAAAUCACAAAAACACAACAUAGAGAGAAUAGACACAGAAAUGCGGUGUUAUGGCUUAACCAUCCCCGGAGGAAGCGACCACCGCUGCUUCUUCAUCCCCACCGUGACUCCGCCGUCACUAAGGCCCGUAACCCGAGUAUCAUUCGGGUUCGGGUCAGGGUUUCCGAAGCUGAAGGCGACUCUGGACAGCGGCGUCGUUGCUGUAUCGGAGGAAUUGAGCUUCUACGAGCUUCUGGGCAUACCCGAAUCCGGUUCGUUGGUCGAUAUCAAGCAAGCGUACAAGCAGCUAGCCCGGAAGUACCACCCGGAUGUUUCGCCGCCGGGUCGGGUCGAGGAGUACACGAAGAGGUUCAUUCAGGUGCAGGAGGCUUACGAGACGUUGUCUGAUCCCAACACCAGAGCUAUGUAUGAUCGAGACAUGGCUAAAGGCAUUCAGUUCGCCUUCAACGCUCGGAGACGCUACCAUCAACGUGAUCAGGUUGUUGAACAAAAGAGUGAAUGGAAAAGUCGUUGGCAGUCUCAACUGUCUGAGUUGAAGAAAAGAAGUAAGAGCAAGGAAGAUGGAGUGGGGAACAUGUCAUGGGCCGCCCGAAUGCGCCAGCAGAGGGCUGAAUCGUCAUCAUCUAAUGAAUUAUGACUAGGAUUCUCCUUUCUUUUGUCUGUGUACAACUGUAUAUAUAGAUAUGUAUAUCUUCCUACUCUAGAUCAGAUCAAAUAUAUUAAGAUAAAUGUUAUUGAUAUCUAAGUGGGUCGCCGCUCAGGUUUUAACCCUUCGUCCCUAAGUAAGUGGUUGGUGUUUGAUUUUUGAUA